CUGUCAGUACUUGCAGUGCAUAACGGAACGCACCCUAGAUAUUAAUGACUCUUUGGUUGUGAGAAAAAUAAAUAUGUGCAGCCGCUAACAAGUCUAAAUAAAGAAAGGAAGAGAAAUAAAUUAGAAUUAAUUAAAAUAAUGGAAAAGCAAGCAAUUGUUCGAUUAAAAUGUAUUUGAUGUGUAUUUGUGAAUUUGCUCAUAAAUUACAUACGUGCUUCAUUCAGCCUCACUGAUGAUAAUUGUGUUUCACUGAAUACACUUUAUGGAAAGUUACACAGUGGAAAACAUCAAUAAUGAUUUCCUUUCGCAAUCUUAUUCACAAAGCAUCGAAAGGAUUGCAGGAAUCAAAGAUCACAUUUUUAGUUUUGAAAUACCAAAAAAACUUCUGGAAGUCAGAAAAAAGGCUUGGAUUAAUUUGUUUGACAAGUAUUCUGAUAUGACUGAUGAUAUAGAAAUAAAUGUUGAUACUUUGGAACCUGAUGAAGAGGAAGAAGAAGUUAGCGAGGAAGAAAGUAAUGAACAGCGAAUACCUAUGCGCAAACCAUCCAACUUGAUACAAUAUUGGAUAAAUACUGGUAAUUCACCCUUUACAGUGCUUGAAGAGGAGAAUGAAUUGUCUGAAACUGGAACAUCUUUGAGCGAAAAAGAAAUCACAAUCUCAUCGUCUUUGUCAGUUUCAAAACGAGUAAACAGCGAAGGCAGUAAACAAGAAUACAAGAAUAAUGAAUUGUGUUCGAUGUCAAAAGAGCAUGUAGCAUCAAAAACAAGUGGUCAAUCAACUACUAAUAUAGUACCAUCUGGUAACACAAUACAACCUAACAUAUAUUCACAGAGUUAUGAAAAAAUUGAUAAGAUAAAUGUGUUAAAUACCAGCAAAAGCAGUUCAUACAACCAAAAUAGAGACGACAUUGCUCAACAGUUUAACCAACCAUUGAAACAAUUAACUGGAGAAAACAAGGACUCUUCAAAUCAAGAUGAAAUGUUCGACAAAGAUACUUUUUAUGAAAAGGGAAUGUCAGAAAAUAGUGUUUCACAAGAAAUUACUACAAAAGGUACAAGUCUAACAGCUUUAUAUCGUAAAAAAUUGUAUACAGGUAGGAAUUCCCCUGUAGAUUUAAUAUUAACUGAAAAACGCAGUUCUCCUGUAAAUUUAAUAUUAAAUGAAAAACACAGUAUAAAUAGACUAUCAGAAGCAAAGAAAAGUUUACACCCAGCGUUAGAUUCUGACUCUACGACUAGGAAAGAAGCAUUAUUAGUUCGCAAAAACAAAAAAUUGUCUCUUUAUGACAAAAAAAAUGUUGGUUCUGGAAAAACAAAAAGGAAAAAAACAAAACGUUCUUUUAUUUUUGACAAAAAUAUUACAGAUACUAAAAAUGGAUUAUCAAAUAAUGUCACUAAAAAUUGUAUUAUCAACAGUUCUUUCAAUAUUUUAUCAGACUGCAACAAUUCAGAUAAACGAAACAAUAUUUUGUUUUUGAGGUCCAAUAAUGCAAAUAUUUUUGUAAAUAAUGAUACACACAAACUAAAUUUAGCUUCUCAUAAUAUAAAUCCAGUAGUUCUUUUGGAGCGGAUCACACCUUUUAAACGACAUGAAUCUAAAUCUGCUGAGAAUACACAGGAUCACAUUAUACAAGAAAAUAGUGUACAUAAUUGCAGAUAUUUAAACAAAUCUAAUGAGUUAUAUACUUCUGAAAUCGAAAAUGUAGAAUUAGAAACGAUAGAUAGUGACACAAGUGCCAUUUUUAUUUACCAAUGUAAAACAAAUUCACAAUGCUCUGCUUCAAAAGAGAGUGACUGCUCUAUUAAUUUAAGACUGAGUAUUGAAGAUGACUUUCCUAUUUCAAGUACAGACGAGAAAAAUAGUGAGCUAUCAAGUUCGAUGAGUACCGAUAUUAGUCAAAACAAAAAAUCACAUACUACUAUAUUAGAAGAAUUACCACAAUUGUUAGAAAACGAGGAUUGUACAAAUGUGAGAUUUUUAAAAGAAGUUAAAGUUAUAUUGCAACGAUUACCAUCAGCAGCAAUGGAAUCACAGAUCUUGAAAAAAGAUGACACUGUUAGCCAAAAUAAUGUAUUAAAUAAAUCUAAAGCACUCUAUUCUAAUUCAUAUGGAGCAAAUAUGAUAGAUAACGUGAAAUUCCGAGAAAUUAAAGUUUCAUUGGAACGAUUACCAGCAUUGAUAGACAAGAAUUGUAUAAAUACAACUAUGAAAUCAGAAAUCUUGAAUAACAAUGAUGCACAACAAACAGAAAUAUUGAACAAAUUUAAAACACAUUCUUCUAAUCUAUAUGGAAAAAAUCGGACGGAUAAUGCAAAACUUGAGCAAACAAAAGAAAUUAAAAUUGCACUUGAACGAUUAUCUCCAAAUGUAUCUUUUAAUAACAAAAACAUAAUUUCAGAAAAUAUAGAUCUGUGUAAUAAUAAACGAAAACGUCGAAUUAAACAAAUAUGUGAAAUUCCGAUGUGUGAAAAUAUAGAAGCAUCUGUUCAAACAGUUAAUAAAGUUAAUACCAGAUCUAAGAAAUAUAAUAAUUCAAGAAUAAAUGAUACAUCAGAUAAUGUUGCAGAAGAUCAAAUUUUUGAUAAGACAGAAUCCGAUUCUCUAUUUCAAUAUAAAAAUGACAGUAAAGUAAAUCAAUGUAAUGAUAAUAAGUAUUCAGUUUUAAAUUUAACGUCAUCAGAUGAAGAUGAUUUUGUUCGAUUGAUACAACGUCCUAAAAAAAGAUUAAAAUUAUAAAAUGACAAACUAUUAAACGAAACAAAUAUUGAAAAGAAUUUGUGUAAUGAGACUAAUCUUGCUACUAAUAAAGAUAAAUGUUAUAGCAGAAAAAGCACAGUAACAUUUUCUGCAAAAGAAGCUAAAACAAAAGAAAUUGUUGAAUUAAACAAAGAAAGAAAACGAUUAAAUGGAAUUGAGAAAUCUUUCGAUAAUACAACUGCCUCCUUACAGAUGUAUAAAACUAGAAAAUUUUUGCUCUCCUCAAAUGAUAGUGACAAUGAGAGUGACAAUCAUAGUGUCAUUAAGAAUUUAAAUAAACGAAAGAAAAAAGCUUCUGUUCUUAAUUAUAACAAGAGCGUAAAUAAUAAUAAUAACCAAAGACGUUCAAAUGUAAUAAUGAAGACGAAUGGAAUGAAUUAUAAGAAUGACACCGGUAUCGUUUUCUUCCAAACAAAAAUGCUUAAUACAGAUUCUUCAGAUUCUGAAGAAAGUAAUAGUUAUACUACACCUAUUUGUAAGACGACCAAAAGUUGUGAAGAAUUCGUUAAUGAAUCUAUUCCGAAGAGACACAGUAGAAGACAUUCAAGCUCAUUAAAUUCUUCAUUUGAGAAUCAUAACGUCGUUAAUCGAAUACAUAAUAUAAAAAAUGGAUUGAGAUCAAGCAGCAAAAAAACUAAAAUAAAUAAACAAUUGGCCAAUGAAGAAUUGAUUGACAAUAUUAAUUCGAGAAUUAAUAAUAAAAGGAAAAACAUGUCUUCUUUCUUAAAUGGUACAUUGAUACGAGAUACAACUACGCAGAAAAAAAUGUUUUCAAAUAUUUCCCUUGAAAAGAAUAACUUUAGUAAUUUAUCAAAAAAUAAACACAUCUCUGACAAAUUUAAGAAUUCGGUAGCUAGGCAACAUAAUAAUGAUAAAUCAACGAAAUUAAUGUUUCAAACUAAAAGUUAUUACGACUCUGAUUCGAAUGAAUCUUUAUAAUAUUUUUCAGAAAAUAUGUAGUAUAUGAUAUUCAUGAUUUUAUAUUUGUAUAAACUAUAUCUGGUAUAGGGAAUAUUAAUGUAUAGAUGUGUAGAUGUGUAGACAAAGUAUGUAAUUGAAAUGAUUAAUUCAAGCGUAUAUCAAAAAAUAGUAAGCAUAUAUUGACAGAGAGAUUGUAAGAAUCUUAAUACAUAAAUAAAUAAAUAUAUAUAUCGA